AAAUCUCCACCGCGACUCGACUAGUGUCGAUAUUAUUCCAUUUUUAUACACUUUCGCCUGGUUGCGCUACACCGCUGGUCUUACGCUCGGGAUUUCGUGGAUCGCCAACCCAUCAUUUUAUCGAUGCUUGAUCCUAUUUGAAUGUCCACUGGGCAAAAUCUCACAAGCAAGAAAAGGAUCGAUUUGACAUCUUUUACUCUGAUCAAGUGACAGAGUAUUAAGCACACAUCUAUACACAGUCAUCAUGGCUCCUCUCGGCGAAACGAUUGCUGUGAUUGACAAGUCUGGUAAGGUGGUGAGCACGAGCAAACACCUGUUCGGCGUGUUCAGUCAAGCCAAGAAUGCCUACCGCGAGCGCAAAGCUCAGUUUCAGUCGGAACGGAACGCCAAGAUUGCCGAGAAGGAGGCACUGAGGGCUCUUGAGAACUACCAUAUCGAUGAUGCGCCUUCAGUCGCAUCCUCUCGGAGAAGCCGUUCACGAUACCACUCAGGCCGCAGCCACUACGCUCGUGAACCAUCGGUCUAUGAAGAAGAUGUGCAAUGGCAGGAUCCUUAUGCCGACCCAUAUGCUGUUCGACCAGGCGAAAUGAUCCGCCGUCAUACUACUCAUGACGUCGCCAUGCGUGGACCAGAGCGACCAACAACCAGCCGGUCCAAGUCCGAUGCUCAUGUCGACAUGGAUCUAGCAUACGGCGACUUUCACCCUUCGGCCCUGGAGAAAAUGCCACCACCCCCCGAACCACAAAACCAGCUCCAGAGAAUUGAGAACCCGGAACUGAAUACUCUUGUGGAUCGGGCGCAGUGGCUCUUAGAGGAAGCUGACUGCAUGCAACAUACCGCGACCGCCACGAUCGCACAUCUCCAGAAGAACCCAGAUGCCAUGGCUGCUGUAGCGCUCACCUUGGCCGAGAUCAGCAACAUUGCCACAAAGAUGGCGCCGUCCGCGCUCUCGACCCUCAAGGCUGCGGCCCCUACGGUCUUCGCCCUCCUUGCAAGCCCACAAUUCUUGAUCGCAGCGGGUGUUGGUAUCGGAGUCACAAUCGUCAUGUUUGGUGGCUACAAGAUCGUCAAGCAGAUCCAAAACGCCACCACCACUACCCCCAACAGCCCCAUGAGGGCAGCGGCCGCUCCAGAGGAAGAUCCCGGCAUGGAUGACAUGAUGGAGUUCAACACAGAAUGCCUAAGCACUGUCGAGAUGUGGCGGCGCGGCGUAGCAGAUGCCGAGGCCGACAGUGUUGGCACAUCUGUUGAUGGAGAGUUCAUCACACCCAAAGCAGCAGCAAUGUCAGGCAUUGAUGUGACUACGGCACGAAUGUCACGGGACCCCCGAUUCAAGUUCGACGAUGAUGACCAGUCGAUGGCAUCCUCUCGCAGAUCUCGUCGGUCACGCAGCCAUCGUGAAGGCUCCCGCGCCAACCACCGACCGGAAUCGCAUGUCAGCUCGAGGGCACCCUCCAAAGUUUUCUCUAAAGCGCCAUCGAAGGCCCCGUCGAGGGCGCCCUCAUACGCACCUUCUAAAGCUGAGUCUCGUUACUCAGACAUGGAGCCGAAGCCGAAGGAGAAGAAGAAGCGAUCCAGCCGUUUGCGUUUGAUGUUCACUGCUUAAUUUCCUACACGUCUAUAUUUUAUUAACGACAGAUCGACACUUUACGACAUGUAUAUAAUAUUGUAUAUUCCGAUUCCGGAUUACCUUACGACAGGAUGGAUAUUUGCUUGGCGAUUAGAGUUAGCGAA